UUAGUCGGAAGGUACGUCAUAUCCUGGCGUUUACAGGCUUUUGGUGGGAAAAUGUGUGCACCUUCACGCACAUUUAACUCAUAAUCAAAAUCUGUGGUAUGAAUUUUCUGUAACAGCAGAGUAACGGAUAUAUGCCAUGCCUAUAACGCUGUGAACAGAUUACGCGGAACAGCCCUUUAGGUGUGCUAAAGUCACCAAAAUCAUUAGUGAGAGUUGCCUAUUGUUUGUUAGCAUGCUAACAUGUUAGUCAUCGGUUUAUCUGACCAAUAAGAAAUUAAACUUUCAGGAUUAAAUCACUUCCAGUGGAGAGAAACUGGAUGUGUCAUAUGACUUGUUAGCCGUUUGCGAUCGCUUCGUGGGGAGGCACGCGCCCGUUUGGUUUAUGUGACUGAUCAGUGAAUCGAUCAGCUUUUAGCCUGACGAUCAUCAGUAACAACAACGAAAUGCCAGAAAUCAAACUCAAGCACGUCGUGUCGUGCAGCACCGAGGACUCUACGCACAGGGCAGACAACCUCCUGAGCUCUGACACGUACAGAAAGUGGAAAGCAGCCAGACCCGGGGAGAAGCAGAUAUCAGUCAUUCUCCAGUUUGAAAAGGAAGAGCAGGUGCACAGCAUUGAUAUUGGAAAUGAAGGUUCAGCUUUCAUUGAGGUGUUGGUGGGGAAUUCUUCAGCUGUCAGAGAUCAAGACUAUGAGGUUCUCCUGGUUAUGUCUUCCUUCAUGUCGCCCACGGAGAGCCGCAGUGGCACCAACAUGAACCGUGUGCGUUUCUUUGGGCCCAACCAGCUGCAAAAGAGCACAGCUCAGGAGAAGUGGGACAGAGUGAAAAUUGUGUGUAGCCAGCCAUACAGCAAGAAUAUUGCAUAUGGGCUUGCCUUUGUUAAGUUUCAUUCGCCACCUGACAAAAACGAUCCUCCUCCAACUUCCUCCCCAAAACUGACAAAGCUGGGACAGUUCAGGGUGAAGGAUGAGUCUCCUGCAUCCGGGCCCAGCCUUCAACCUGGCAGUCUCUUCUUCAGUCGGGAGAACGCAACAAAGUCUAGCACUUCACUCAAAGCGUCUCCUCAGAGUGAGAAGAUAAGCUACGCGGCUGCUGCUCUGCAAGCAAGCGGCAGCUCCCACUCAUCAGGCCAGGCCUCGUCUUCCACCUCUGCCUCACCACAGCCACCAGCAAAAAGGAAAUUUGAAUUCAGCAAAGAGCGACAAUCUGCUCCCGGCCCCCCUCCCUCGAAGAAAAAAAGUCCAUCUGGUUCACCUGAGGGUAAAGCCGCAACCCCCAAACACAAGCCGAGUUCAGUCAGUACACCCAGCCCAAGCACGGCCAAAGCAUCACCAGUUCAGAAGGCUGCUGACAGGAAGAGUGAGAGUGAGUCUAAACCUGAGCCUAAAACUAAACAGAAGGCCAAAUCCCAGAAAGAGCAGCAGGUCCCAUUCACCCGGCUCAUGGAGGGGGUGGUGUUUGUCCUCAGUGGAUUUCAGAACCCCUUCCGAGGGGAGCUGAGGGAAAAAGCGCUGGAAAUGGGAGCCAAGUAUCGACCCGAUUGGACGCCUGACGCCACACAUCUUAUCUGUGCCUUCGCUAACACCCCCAAGUACAGCCAGGUGAAAUCAGCGGGUGGAAUCAUCGUACGCAAGGAUUGGGUGCUGGAUUGCCACAAGAGGAAGCAGAAAAUCUCCUACAAAAGGUUUCUGAUGGAUGGACCCGAAUCGAGCUCAGAGAGUGAAAUGGAAGCGGACGACGAGAGCGAAGAGGAAAUGAACACAAAGACGCCGCAGAAGAAGGAGAAACAAGUCACGGCCAAAAAGAUGCCAGAGAAGGAGGAGGAAGAUGAUGAGUAUGCUGGCUCCACUGAUGUGGAUGAACCAGGAGGCGAUGAUGAUGAAUCUGCAGUGGACACAGAGGAUGAGCUGCAGAGGGUGGAAGAGGGGAGAAAACAGAAGAAAGCAGCAACAGAAGGAACGGUGGUGAAGGACGAGGAUCCUUACGGGGGGUCGACGGAUGAAAACACUGACGCUGAAGCUGAAGAGGAUCAUCCCAUCCCCGAGCUCCCAGAUUUCCUAAGCGGAAAGCACUUUUUCCUCUACGGUAAAUUCCCCAAUAACGACAGACGACUGCUGUUACGAUACAUUGUUGCCUUUAAUGGAGUGAUCGAGGACUAUAUGACAGAGAAGGUGCAGUUCGUGGUGACCAGUGAAGGGUGGCACGACUCCUUUGAAGACGCGCUGAUGGAGAACACCAAUCUGAAUUUUGUCAAACCGGAAUGGAUUUAUGCAAUCAGUGCACGACAAAAGAUGCUGCCCUAUCAGCCCUACACCGUCGUCCCCUGAACUAUACACUGUAUGCAGCGUGCGGCCGCACUCACACCCUCAUCCUGAUGAAGGAGCAGCAGGGAAAGCCAUAAACACAUUUUCCGUUUCAGAUAAACAGCUACACUUUCAAAGAGCAAUAAGUCAACUGUUUGUUAUUAUCGAUGCCUUUAUAUUGGACUUCAUAUUUGAUAUACAUAUCAUUUCUCCACCUCAAGCAGUUUUCUCUGCAAAUGUUUUCA